GAUCCAAAGAGAAAGAAAACCAAAAAAGAAAAAAAGUUUCAAAAAUGGAGAAAAAGAAUAUGUUCAUGCUGUGGUGUAUGAUCUUCUUAUUGGUGGGUUCGUCGUUAAUGUUUGAGAGAGUGGAUUGCAGAGCCGUACGAUCGGAGUCGUUUAGAGAUAUCAACGGCCAUGAUCAAUCGACGGUGACCAUCAUGAAGGUGAAGAACAGCUCGUACAGUCGACGUCCUUUAAUGAGGAUCUUAGCGUCUGGACCGAGCGGGAGAGGAACUGGUCACUAAUCCACAACUACCACAUCUUACGACGUGUGUGUGUGUGUUUUUGUUUGUUGGAUUAUCUCAGUUUUUUUAUUUUUCGGCCAAAAAAAGAUAAAAGAAGAGUGGUUUUUUCCAAGGAGUUCCUACUUCCUAGCUUAUAUAUUCAUUGACUAUUUAUGUCAAAAAAUAAAGAUAUAUCCAUGGAGUGUAAAAGCAAACCAUAUAAUGUUUGAUACAAUUGGUCGU